GUAUUAUUUAUAAAUGGCAACCUGCGGAGAGUGGAACUUAUUAAGAACACUAGGAAGUGGAGCUUAUUCAGAAGUAAAACUUGCAAGAAAUAAGACCUCUGGUGACCUUUGUGCACUUAAAAUCAUGAAGAAGGAUAUGGGAUAUGAUGGAGGCAUGGACGAUAUUGUUAAGAAUGAGGUGGAAAUCAUGAAGAACCUUAGCCAUCCAAAUAUUAUCAACCUUAUCGACUUUUCUGAUACUGAACAAUACAAACAAGCCAAUGGAGCUUCUGAAGAUGUGUUUUAUCUCGCACUUGAAUUAGCAAAUGGAGGUGAGCUGUUCGAUUUUAUUGCUCAAACUGGAAAAUUCUCUGAAGAAGUCGCUAGAUUUUAUUUCCAUCAACUUUGUGAUGCAUUCGAAUAUUUGCACGGUAACGGUAUCAGCCACAGAGACAUGAAGCCAGAGAAUAUCAUGCUUGAUAAUGAAUUCAAUCUCAAGCUUGCUGAUUUUGGAUUUUCUUCUAAUCAAGCUAAGAAUGAAUCCAGAAAAGGAACCGAUAACUAUAUGGCUCCAGAGAUUCACUUAGGACAGAAGUAUUCUGGGCAAUGUGUUGAUCUUUUUGCUGCAGGAAUUAUCUUGUUCAUCAUGGUUGCUCAACAUCCUCCUUUUAAUAAGGCUUCUCCUAAAGAUCCUCACUAUAAGACUAUUAGUGCUAAUAGGCCAGACUUGUUUUGGAAACUUCACUCUAGAAAUAAGCCAGGAGGUUUAGAGUUUUUCUCUCCAGAAUUUAGAGAACUCAUUUCUUCUAUGCUAAGCUUCGACCCAGUUCACAGACCAUCUCUUGCCGAAGUGAGAUCAUCUGCUUGGUAUACUGCUACAGUUCCUUCAUAUGAUGAAGUAAAGGAAGAAUUUAACCAGAGAAAAGCUGCUCUUGAUGAAAGCUCAGCUCAAGAAGAUCAGCCAUUCCCAACUGAAGAAGUAGAUCCUUCUGUGUUCACAAGAAGAACCGUUCACAGAGGUGUAGGUGGAGAACUUGAAGACGCCACUAAACUUCCUUCUCUCGAGAGAAAUUGCGUUGAAUAUGUUCCUGAAUUCAAGAGAUAUACUCAAUUCUUCUCCAAGUCUGAUCUCGAGUCUCUCUUCAAUACCCUUGCUUUAUUCGCAGACAAGGUAACAACUGAGUUCGAAUUUUCUCCAGAGGAGUACUCAUCCACUUUGAAUAUUCUCCAAGAAGAAAAGAUGGUGUCAAUGACGGUCAACAUUCUGGAUGCUGGAGAUGACACUUACUGCGUUGAAGCAGUGAAGAAUAAUGGAGACAGAUUCGUCUUCAACGAUGUUUACAACAAAAUGAAGCAAUUCUUUGGAGGUCAUGCCAACGCAUCCGAACCGGCCAGUGAAUAAGAGGCUCUCAAUAGUAUUUCAGGCCUUCAAAUAUAAUACUCUC